UUCUAUAUCAUCUCCUGCUUUCCUUCCUCUGUCCUCUACCUCUAUCUUACUCUAUUAUUAUACACAAAUCCAUACCAUUUCUUUUGAAGGAAAAAACAAAAACAAGAACAGUGUCAAAUUAAUAUGUACCCUCCUGCCGUGUCAUCCACGGCAACAAAUCAUCUGCCGGCUCCGAUGUUUUAUCGAAGCAGAGAGACAUCUAUCGUAACAAAAGACGUGAAGUCUCGAGCUGAAAUUUAUCACGGGGACGAAAGUUGUAGAGACAAGUUCAUGUUUUUGUUAGAGCAAAUAGGUUUGCCAAAUGGUCUGCUAACAAUAGAAGAGAUAGAGGAAUUUGGGUACGUUAAAGACACUGGCUUUGUUUGGCUCAGGCAUAAUAAGAAGAGACAUUAUCAUAAAUUUGAAAACAUAGUUAUAUGUUAUGAUACGGAAGUUACUGCUUACUUUGAGCAUAACAAGAUCAAGAAUCUGACUGGUGUUAAAGCCAAAGAGUUCUUGAUUUGGAUUCCUUUGAGCGAGAUUUAUAUCAAUCAUGCUGCUUCAAUUACGUUCAAGACUCCGCCAGGUUUGUCGAAAUCUUUCCCGUUAUCGCUCUUCAAGUAUGAAGCUAUUAUACCCCAAGGGAAAAAUGAAAAUCAAGAAAGUUGAUCAAGUGAAAGAAGGCAAUUAAACGAAAUGAAACUGUAAAUUUUCAAUUAUUCAUCAAAAGUUCCGUCUAGAUAUGGUUUUGUUGAUUAAUAACCUCAAAUCCUUACAGAUAAAGUAGUGAUUCUGUAUCAUAUUUAUGAAUUUAUGAUUUAAGUAUAGAUUAAUGAAUAAUGAUAUGAAUUAUGCAAUGAUAAAAUAAACUAUUUUAGGAAAAUUAGUUCGUCGGGUACAUGUAACAUGCAGAAUAGAGAAGAAAAUAUGCUUAAGCAUACUGCUUGUGUAAGAAUAUGCAAUUUUCAGAUGAGUGCAUGUUCUGUCAUCUA